UUAUUCUUCAUACGCCUUAGGUCAACAGUAGAGAACACAAGUAUGAAGUUAGCAGUAUUCAUUUUUGCACUUGUUGCUCUGUUCGGAGCAGAAGCCGUUACGUUUACAAGAUGUCAAUUGGUUCACGAAUUAAGGAAUCAAGGCUUUCCUGAGAAUAAACUAAGGGAUUGGGUGUGUCUGGUUGAAAACGAGAGUAGCCGUAACACAGCCAAAGUGGGAAGAGUGAACAAGAAUGGUUCCAGGGACUACGGUCUCUUCCAGAUCAACGACAAGUACUGGUGCAGCAAUACGAACACUGCCGGAAAAGACUGCAAUGUCACCUGUGCGCAGGUGACAACGGACGACAUCACAAAAGCAGCAACCUGCGCCAAAAAGAUCUUCAAGCGCCAUGGAUUCAACGCGUGGUAUGGUUGGAAGAACCACUGCCAAGGCUCUCUUCCUGACAUAAGUCCUUGUUAAACGCUUUACACAAUAAUUUAUAAAAGACUACGAUCUUAAACAAUAUUGUGAAAUCAUAUAUGUUAGUUUUUUCUAUAUAAAUAAAAAAUAAUUAUAUCAGA